GUUCUUGUCAUCCAAAUGCAAGGACUCCGCUUCCUGGUGCAGACUCAUAAUAAUAAUGAAUAUCUGAGGAGGAGAAGGUAAAAGUGAUCGAGUCCUUUGUGUUUGACCUGCUGUUCUGGUAUCAUUGCUAAGAGACAUUAUUCAUUUGGAGGAAUGUCCGCUGUGAACAAAUCAGCAGAGGAUGGAGGCUCCUUCUCAUCAAAGGUCAUCGGCUUUGUGUUUAUCAUCCUGUUGCUGGACCUGCUGGGAUUUACUCUGAUUUUGCCUUUGCUGCCAUCCAUUUUAGAACAUUAUGCACAAACUGGGGAUGUUGUUUAUCAGUCUCUGCAGAGCAUUGUGGACUGGUUUAGGGAGGCGGUUGGAAUUCCUCUAGAAAAAAAAUACAACAUCGUCCUUUUUGGAGGUCUUAUUGGGUCACUGUUUUCUUUGCUGCAGUUCCUGUCGUCGCCUGUAACAGGGGCUCUGUCUGACCGAUAUGGCAGACGACCCCUGCUCAUUCUUACCACAUUAGGGUUGAUGUCUUCCUAUGGGGUCUGGGCUGUUUCCCGAAGCUUCAGCAUGUUCCUUUUGUUUCGGGUAAUUGGGGGCAUUUGUAAGGGCAACGUCAGCCUGUGCACUGCCAUCAUAGCUGACCUGCCUUGUCCAAAAGCACGGAACAGAGGAAUGGCAAUGAUUGGCGUUGCAUUCUCUUUGGGGUUCACUGUUGGUCCUCUGAUGGGUGCCUACUUUGCCAUCAGCUCCAGAACAACAGGAAAUGUCCUCUAUGAAACUCCAGCUCUGCUUGCCUUGGCCUUCAGCGUGGCCGAUCUGCUAUUCAUUUGGUUGAUGCUGCCAGAGACAUUAGCAAAGGAUGUAAAGGCUUCAUCUUCAGAGUGUGGGGACUCAUGGGACCUCCUCAACCCACUUUCGUUGUUCCAUUUUGCAGCUGUUACUCGGACAAAAGAUCCACCUUCAAAAGAAAGAAUGCAGAAGCUCCAAGUGUUAGGUCUGGUUUAUUUCUGUUACCUCUUCCUGUUCUCCGGUCUGGAGUUUACUUUGAGUUUUCUGACUCAUCAGCGCUUCCAGUUUACAAGUAUGCAGCAAGGAAAGAUGUUCUUCUUCAUCGGUGUUAUCAUGGCUUUAAUCCAGGGGGGUUAUGCUCGAAGAAUCAAGCCUGGACAACAUAUCAAGGCUGUUCGUAUGGCAAUCGCAACAUUAAUCCCAGCAUUUAUCCUCAUUGGGUUAUCAUGGAACAUAACAAUGCUUUAUAUCGGCUUGGCAUUAUACUCCUAUGCAGCAGCACUGGUAGUGCCCUGCCUGUCAACCGUUGUGUCAGACCAUGGUUCAGCCAAUCAGAAGGGCACCGUGAUGGGGAUUCUGCGUAGUUUGGGUGCCCUGGCCAGAGCACUCGGACCAGUUAUAUCAUCAUCUGUUUACUGGAUUGCAGGAGCUCAGACCUGCUUUCUCAUCACAUCAGCCUCUUUUGUGAUACCCCUCGCUCUCUUGGGCAAAACCAGGCAGUUAAAAGGGGAGUGAGUCACAUGUGGACUUUAAACUUGAAAAGAUUUCUUCUUCUUUUUUAUGACUCAUUUUGUAUUUCUUAAAAGUUAAUGUCUUGUUUACAUCUGUGAGAAGAAGCUCUGGGUUAUCACAUUUUCAUUAACCAAAAAAAAAACUAAAUGUUUUUUUUUUUAUGUGCUGAUGGCCAAAGAUUAUCACCUGACACAAAGUAAUGUAUGAACUGGUACAGGAUAUUUGUUGUGUGUACAAGAGCAAUGAAAGGUUAUGAUGUUUGUUUGCACAUGUAGACCUAAAUAUAUAUUACACAAUGAAUAGGUGAGGAUAGAAUAUAGUACCAGUUAUACUUGUGAAACUUACACCUCAUUUCAUAGCAGAGUAUUUUAACACCCACUCUGAUUUAGUAUUUUGCAAAGCAACAUUUUAUUUGUGCUCACUCUAAAGAUGUAUUUUUCUAUUUUCUACUAAUUAAAAUGUGAACAAUCA